UCCUAAUUGUUCUUUGCGGCCGAUUUCGCUUUUAAUUUCCCACAAAGGCGCGCGCCUGAUUUGCCGGUUGACGUAACGGGUGUAGCCGUGACGCAUGAUAAAAGGUUCGCGGCAGGCCACUGGCAUUCAGUUUAGUGCAGUAUGGCCUUGGGGGUGAAUCUGCUUCGGGUAUUAACGCUUCUCACGCUACAUUCAUUACUGCCGGAUGGACUUGCUGAAGAGAGCGGUGUUAAUCAGAAACCGGAAGAAAAAAAGGUUUAUGACCAACAUUAUUUGGAACAGAAGGCCAAGAGUGACACAAAUAGCGUAGCUUUUCGGAGAUUCAUUCAGUUGUACUCAAGGAAUAGCGGCCGCCAUGUUAGAAUCAAUCCAGAUAGAAGCGUAGACGCCAUCGGUGAAGACGGCGACAAAUACGCCAAGUUGGUCAUCGAAUCAGUCAAUUUUGGACGAGUUCGUAUUAAAGGCUCAGUUUCCAAUUUCUAUCUCUGCGUGGACAAGAAAGGGCGACUUAGAGCAAGGAAAAGAGGCAAAUGGAAGGACAACUGCGAAUUUACAGACCGUGUGGCUGAUAACGCUUACACCGAAUUCACCUCUGUAAGGUAUAACAAGAGUCUCAUCGCCUUCAGCAGAAGAGGACGACCGAGACCGGUGCUGAGCACAGAAAAAGGGGGAGUCAAGGCCGUGCAGUUCAUAGAACGAGCAUCAAACAUCAAGCUCCUCAGAGGAAGAAAAUACUGGAGAAAAGGCGGCAAACUUGAAGGAAUAGAUUUAUAUCGUAAAAAGCAGGUAGAGAAGAUCUAUGUGUCGAUGAAGAAGUGGCGAGAAUUCAAGCGAUGGCUGAAGUUUAAUACCCGAACAGCCUCAGCUAAAGUAAACUCUACAACAACGGCCGCGACGCCAUUACAACCAACGGCUGUACAGUUAAGUAGUAGGCCAACUAGUUUUAUGAAAUAUUCACGGGAUAAAGGGCGAACUUAGGUCUGAAGUGCAAAUUGUUGUAUUGCAGAACAAUCUUCACCUCUGCAAUAGUGACAAAAAACUUUCAGGUGAAGUUGAGUUCACCCUGAAACCUCCUUAGGUAUGUCUUCGAGUAGCAGCUAAAGAAGAUAGUAGUGAGAUUGUUGGUUACGUUUCAAUUAAACCGGGGAUUUUGCCAGUCCCGAAAUCUGACAGCAACAAAAACAGGCGAGUUUCUGUUGUGUAGACAGUGAUUUGCACAUUGUAAUUAAAUUCACCAUAAUGCAGAAAUAUAUCAAGUAAUUGUAAAAUCUUAAAAGCUUUUUAAAGAGAGCAUAGAGUAGGCACAUUUUUAUCGCCUUGUAAUUAAUUUCAAAAGACAAAAUUUUCUUUGAAUUUCGCUGCAUUUACAACGUUCAGUUGGUAAGAUAUAGGGCUUGUUUUGUUUCUUAACCUUUUCGCUUCUUUCCGCUUACCAAAAGUCAAAUUCACGGCGGUGAAAAAAAAUGCUUUUAGCUUAGUGUCGGAGUUUGUACGAGUGCGAAGGCGCAUCAAAUGGUUGUGAGCAGAGAUUCCACUGCAUCAAAAGAAAGCCCUGAGGUGAAGGACCACAGAACACAAAACGUCUCACUAUAUCGGAUACUGAGAGAGGAAGGGUUAGAUUAUAAGCAAGUAAUUUUAUAGUUUGUUUUUUCUUUGAAAUUUUAAGUCUAGCUAUUAAGGCGACAAUGGAUUGUUUUUUUAGUAUCCAUUAUUAACAUCGAACAACACCUCACGGGAGCUUUUGUAUAUUUAUUUAUUGCUCCUGGGGGGAAAUAAAGUUCAAAGGAAUUUUGCUUCUUAAAGUCAUCAUCUAAAGGAGAAGAAUGCUCAAGAAACAUACAAUAUUCUUCUUCUUUAGUGGGAAAAAUACAUGGAAUUUUGACACUGACUGCUAUUUGAGAUUUAAAUGAGUAACUCUACCGUUUGAAAAUUGACUUGAAGUGUGCUACAAAACGGCCACGGACGCCGCCAUCCUAAGUAUUGCUUAGCUACGUGACCGCUUACCAAUACUGACUCAAAAGACGGAUUACUGCGAUACCCAUACCCAGAGCAGAAGCUGUUUGCGAAAGUGGGUUGUAUUUCCGCCAUUUAAUUGGUGUGCGGGAAAAUAACUGAGUUGUUUAUAGUAUAGCGGCCUUCGUCCUUGGUUAAAUUUUUAGCACAUUUGAUAAUUUAAGAUAAGAUAAUUUUCGCACGGUGUGGUUCCUCUUUACAAUCUGAAAAAGUGGUCAGACUUAGAUUUCAAACAAGGUUUCAGGAGCAAACGUCACCUUGACGAGGAUGCGACACUAAGCCGAACAAAUAGGCUUUAUUAAUUAUCCUAGUAAUACUGCAAUAUAUAUUUAUAAUUUUUAAAACGUUAAGCUGUGAAGGAGUUGAAUAGGGAAUCCAGACUAAAUCUUAGGCUUAAGAAAAAGUUGAAUAGGAGAGGUAACUCUGUAAUCGCUAGCUUAUUACCUAUAUCAAAUCAGUAUCUUUUUCGCUGUAAACCUUACUAAAGAUAUUUAGCCUUAUUAGAACCCCAUUCACACGAAAGCUUAAGCCUCUUUUUAAGUUUUUUUCGUUAAACGCGGUUGAAAAUUGUGUUCUUCAUAGAAGCUGCAAAACCCGAUGUUCAUCGAUUUCAAAGUUGGCACUUUGAAAGUAAAAGUUAGUGACUACCUGUAAACUAUGGAAAAUUCAGUUUUCUUUUCUCUGCUUCUGAUUUUCAUUCAGUUAAACCCGGUUUUACUAAUCAUGUUUUGCUAGUGUGAAUGGGGUAUAAUGUCUAAAAUCUGUAUCUUUUGUGCUGUCUUUUUGUGCUAAUUCUUUGCUUAGUCACGUUUACUCGAAUCUUCGGGCCGGUUAUUUGAAAGGCGGUUAGCGCUUAUCCAGGAUUAAAAUUAAACCUUGAUUUUUGCUCUGUUGCAUAAAAGCGUUUGGUUGUGCUGACAAUUUGAGGUCUGUCGGACAAUUAGGAAAAACUAAGGGAAACAAAGUAUCUACGUUUAGACUGUCAUCAAAGUUAGUGAACUUUAUGAAACGUGCUCUAGUCCUGGGUUAGUCUAAUCUUGUUUUCAGCAAACCGGCCUUGACUGUUAAAGCCAUGCGCUUUUCGUUCCUACAAAUUUCACCGGGCUCUGAAAACUAAUAUGCAUACAACCGGUCUGUACCUAAAAGCGCGGAGUUUUAAUUUAAAGUCAUGUGACUACACAACGAUGUGUAGUUUCCUCUAAGGUUCUUCGAACCGUUCCAUCGUAUGUUCAAGUUAUGAAAUACUGAGUUCAUAGGUAUACUGUAAUAAGAUCAUACUGCAAUGAUCGUUCUUUAUACCUAUCAAGUGUAUUAGAGUUGUUUAAAACCAAAACCAGGAACACUGGUUGUUGAAAAACAGACGAAACGCAAAUGCAAUACAACGUAAUAUGCGUGCAUAGUAGAUGAAGAGUUAAGGGAAUUAUGAGACUGUGGACAAAGGAUUUGUCUCGAAAAUAACUUCUCCUCAUCUGUAUAAAUAGAAACAUUAUAAUAGAUUAUGUAGGCAAUACGAAUGAUGCAAACACGGCUUACAGCCAAAUGUCCUAAACAAAAUGCUAAAAAUUAAAAAGAGGA